CAUACAAUUUGCUUUUCCUGUUGCUUUUCUUGCUGUUGAGAAGAGAAGUGAAUCUACUCCUUCUGGAGCGAUCUUCAUCUCUUUCCAGGGUGAAGGAACUGCUUCAGCGGAUCAAGGAACGCUCCGGUACCAACCAUGUUUUUCUGCCAACCUUUCCACACGUUGCUGCUGCUCUUCUUAGGAGCAUCGCUGAUUUUGGCUGCUGCUCCAGAGACAAGGAGUUCAGAUCCAAAUUCCUGCCCAGUAUUGGCUUGUGGCAACCCAGGAAUUGCUGGUUUACCAGGGAGAGAUGGAAGAGACGGGGCCAAAGGAGAGAAAGGAGACACGGGCCUCCAAGUGAAGGGUCAACCAGGAUUCCCCGGUAAGGCUGGUCCUGCUGGACCGAAGGGAAACACCGGAGCCCCAGGACAAAAAGGACAAAAAGGAGAAAUGUCAGCUGUUGAUACAGUCCAAAGGCAGGUGGCUGCUUUGGAAAAGACGGUCCAGACAUUACAAGCUGAAGUCCGCAAAAGCCAAAAAAUCUUCGCAAUGCUGGGGGCGACCACGGUUGGAGGGAAAACCUUCGUUUUUACUGGUCAGACUCACAAUUUUGCCAGCGGGAAAGCUCUCUGCAGCAAUGCCGGUGGAGCUCUGGCAGUGGCCAUGAAUGUGGCUGAGAACACGGCCUUGGCGGCCAUGGCCAAGCGGAACGGCAAGCAGAUAUACCUGGGUAUGAGUGACCUCCAGACGGAAGGCCAGUUCGUGUAUUUGAACGGACAAGCGGUGAGGUACACUAACUGGAAACGCUCUGAGCCUAACAACUUGAACAACGAAGACUGUGUGGUACUCAUUCCAGAUACCCUGUGGAAUGACAUUAGCUGUGACCACCAAACCCACAUCGUUUGUGAACUUUGAUCUAUCUAGAACGUCGCUGUUUGCAUUCUCAGGGGGCGUCCAUGGGAAAAGAAGGCAAGGGGCUCAAGGGAUGCCAUGCCAUUGUCAGGCCAUCAUUGGUGCUCUUAAUGCCAUGACGCCAUGACACAUUUUUGACAUCUUUGCGGCUUGCUAUCCAUGUUCUAGGAGAGGGCAAAAUAACUGCAUGAGUACAUCAGUUUUGCUUUCCAGGCUGAAAAUGCAAUUGUGAUAACAAUACAAAAACAAAAAGACGCAAGAGAGGUACUGUCUCCAUUUCUCUCCACACGUGUUUUGUCUCACAGUAUUUCAUUGUUAUUAUAUUUUUGAGAAGCGUCCUUCCAAGUUUCUGGACUCUCAGGAAAAGCUGUUGCGCAGAAUGAGAGAAAGAGCAAAUUGUGGAAUGAACGGUCCUCUCCUUUAAAUCUGGUAACUUCUCGGAUGUUUCGUUCGGGUCAAGCUUUUGAAAAGGCCUCCAAAAUUCUGAGAAGUAGAACAUCGAAUAAUAGAGAGAUGGAAGGGACCUUGGAGGUUUUGUAGUUCGGCAUUCCCCAAAUUUUCUGGAUUGGCGGCCCAGCGGGGGGAGGGGAGAGGCAAUGGUUCUGCAGGAACAGCAGGGCUACGCACAUACACAAGUUCAUUUGUGUGAGUGGCAUGCACGCUGACCCACUGCCAGUGGCGGAUUAAGACUCACUGGUGCCCCAAGCACUGACAAAUCUUGGUGCCUGCCCGCUCCUUUUUACUUACUGUACAAACGAAGACAUAUUCUCAACCCUAACCCUAACCCUAACCCUAACCUUUUGGGCCUAGUGCCUUAAGCACAUGCUUAGUCCGCUUCAUGGUUAAUACGCUGUGCCCAAUGUGGGUGUGAGUGAGGCUGAGAGUGCUGGUGCGCACUGCUCAUGUGGACGGGGUGCAAGCUGGCCAGCACUCACGCAGCCUGGUUGCAAAUAGGCCAUGGCAUGGUAGUGAGCCACAGCCUGCAGGCUGGGAAUCCCUGUUCUAGUCCCACCCCCUCCUCAAGCAGGAGAUCCUAUACCAUUCCAGACAAAUUGC